GCAAUCAGUGCGCAUGCGUCACUUUACAGGAAGCGUUUUUCUUUAACCAGCUGAUAGCCAGAUUGUCAACAGUGAAUCCUGCGAUACCAGCGCUUUUGAAACGACAGCAUAUAUACGCUCGGAGUUAAGAGAGGUCAAGACACCGUCAGUGAGACUUGACCACACUCGGUUUGGAAGGCAGCGCAAGUGGCUGAUAUCCCAGAAGCACCUACAUCUACUCCAGGGAGGAGCCCCAGCCCCCCUGCCGUUCUGCUACACGGGCCGGUAUGAGCUCCAGAGGGAGUGGAGGCCGCUCCAACGGCACACUACCACAAACCAAGAUCUGCCAGUUCAAGUUGGUGCUCCUGGGUGACAUGGCUGUGGGCAAGUCCAGCCUGGUGCUGCGUUUUGUCAAGGGGCAAUUCGACGAGUUCCAGGAGACAACCAUAGGAGCUGCAUUUCUGGCUCAGUCCGUGUGCCUAGAUGAUACCACUGUGAAGUUUGAGAUCUGGGACACCGCAGGACAAGAGCGAUACCAUAGCCUGGCUCCUAUGUACUACCGUGGCGCUCAGGCUGCUAUCGUUGUCUUUGACAUCACCAAGCCGGAGACUUUCGAGAGAGCCAAGGCCUGGGUGAAGGAGCUGCAGAGGCAGGCCAGUCCCAACAUUGUUAUCGCCCUGGCCGGGAACAAGGCUGACCUGGCAGAGAGGAGACUAGUAGAGUACGAGGAAGCCCAGACAUACUCUGAAGACACUGGCUUGCUCUUUAUGGAGACUUCUGCCAAGACAGCAAUGAACGUCAAUGAUCUCUUCCUGGCCAUCGCAAAAAAGAUGCCAAAAACAGACACCCAAAACCCUACACAUGCAGCACGACAUCGUGGAGUCAACCUCCAGGACCCAGAUGCCCACUCUACCAGAGCCUGCUGUGGUGGGAACUAGACCUCCACAACGCUCACCAGUAUCUCACAAUCCACACCACCACAGCCCUCCUCCUUCAACCAACUUACAGGGGUGGGCCUGAUGUGGGGUAACCAAGUAUCCAUUCACUCCCUUACCCUCCAUUCAUCCUCCUGUCCAAGCAGACAGAAAUUCAGAGACAGAAAAUCAAAGGAAAGAAUAAGAGGAACGAAAGAGCAAGUAGAAAUGGAAGAGGAAGACACGAGUGUUUCACAACCGUCUCUCUUGACCAACAACUGAGAUUCUGCAUUUGGAAUAUACAAAUGGAGGUAUAUUAAAGACUGAGAUCGAGAAGAAGGAAAUAAAGAAUGGGGAAGACAGUGGCAAGCCAGUUGCAGUACUUAGCACUAAUCGUGAUUAUUUCGUUUUCAUUCUGCCUUGCAUAAUUUCAGUCAUGGCUCCGAUUGCAUAAAAAUGCACAAAAUGAGGAGCACACGCUGGCAAGAGGCCAAGAAAGGAGGGGAGAAAAAAAAACUAAAAAAACCCCGCCAAGACAUAAAAAAAAAAAAAAAAAAACACAGAAGCCAAAAUGGUUACGCUGUGGCUGCUUUCUUCUUCCCCUUUGUCAGAGCUUGCAUCUGCUCGCUUUGCCUCCCUCUAGUCUUGAAUCAAUCAAAUCCUGCUGUGAAUAACGCCACAUAUUGUACCCCUGGAAUGAUCCCACAAUUCUUAAACCCUCUGUCCUGCCUGACCUUCCCUGGUGUCACUGGUCCUGUCCAGGCCCACAUUAGAUAAGACCCAUGGCACAGUUUGCCCAACAUAAGUCCGUUUGUACGUAUUUAUCGUCCAGUGUUUUGACUUCUCGUGACUGCUGGUAGGCACUCCAUAUUUCUCCUCCUUUUAUCCAGACAGAAACUCAUUAUGUGAGGCAACCAUUUAAACUAAGUUCUAAUUUAACGGGAUUGUUUGUCUUUACAAGGUUGAUGAUUUUACAGUUGGUCCAACAGACUUGCUUAUUGUAUUGAAAAAUUAUUUUGGGUUUUGUUGCCUGGCUUGAGUGCUCUGCGAAGCACCACAGGCUGUAGCUCUUAUCAUCAACAAUAGACUCGAUUUGGAGUAUAUGUAGUCACUUGAUUUAAAAUUGUUAUAUAUGAACUGUGAGCUCUAACAAAUUACAUGUCUGCAGCAGAGAACAUGUCCCCCAAACCUUAAGAAAGCAGUAAGCUUGAUCUAAUUUUUUAAUUAGUGUGGUUGUCCACGUAUGGCUCUGCCCAGAUAAAAUUAUCGGCAUCAGAUAAAUGACAUUGGGGGUCAGGGUCCUCACAGAAAAACAGUUCAGUACAGAAUGUAAGGCAGGAAGAUAACAAAACAUAAUAUUUGUAAUAAACCUGUACCAUCUUGUGUUUAAUGUGUCCAUCUGUCCCUUGUCCCAAGGCUAAAUUGUUGAACAUGAAAUCAUAGUGAUCUUAAAAUUGUUUUACUGAUUCAUUUAAUUUAAUAUGAUGCUCUUAAAACGGGGUUGUGUGCUUGGUUACUGUCCAAAGCUUGCCUGAAGAAAACGAGGAAAGAAUUGAUGUAAACACAAAAAACAAACAAAAGUGCCUAUUCCCAGUUUUCUUUUUCUGUAAAUCACAUUUGGGGCUUUGUUUAAGUGUGUGCUUCAUAGGCAAUGUGCAGGAGAACCAUUUCCCUGACAAUGGCGUAGUAUAAACAAAUAUCUUGGCACCCUGUCAUAAGGCUAUAUACUGUAUUGGCUCUUUGUAUGGAUGUAAAGAGGUCUUGUUGAAUACACUGUAUGUUAUAUAUUGUCUUAAUUUUAAAGAAAGUGUAUGUUUUUAGCAGAGCACACCCGUGAACCUGGAGUGGACCAUUGAAGAAAAAAAAAAAGAAAAAAAAAAAAA